AUGGAAGUCAUGAUUUCCAAUGCUGAAGAAGGUUCUUGCUACGACGUAACUAAGGAAAUGAAUGCAAUUGAUGCAACAAAAGCUGGUGUUAAGGGACUAGUUGAUUCUGGUGUGACCAAGAUUCCCAGAUGUUUUGUCCACCCACCGGAGGACGUGCGGAAGUCAUCAUCCAUGUCUACCAAUAUCAACCAUCAGAUUCCUAUUAUAGACUUCAACGGGUUUGAAAGUUGUCGGCAAUCGGAGGUAGUUAAUGAGAUCCGCAAAGCAUCAGAAGAAUGGGGGAUGAUAAGAUUCCACGAGCAACCUCAGGAAGCAAAGGCGGAGCUAUACUCUCGUGAUCCUAAAGAACGAGUGAAGUUCUUCUAUGGAGGAGUCCUGAUGACCAAAGAACCAGCAAUUUGGAGGGAUACAGUAGCAAUAAAUUUACAGGAUGGUAAACUAGGCCCUGAACGAUUUCCAGAAGUUUUCAGAUAUGGUAAAUUUGCAAUAAGAUCCCAAACUCUAUCUCAACAAGUUCAUUUCUCUAGGAGCUUUCACUACAUGCCAUUAAAUUUGUCUUGCAGAGAAGAGAUAAUUGAAUACAUUAAACACAUGAUCAAAACCAGCAAGACACUGUCUGAGCUCUUAUCAGAAGCACUUGGGCUUCGUAGUGACUACCUUUCAAGCUUAGAAUGCAUGGAAACUCAAGCAUUGACAGGUAACUAUUACCCAGCUUGUCCUGAACCAUACUUGACAAUGGGCACCUCCAAUCAUACAGACCCUUCUUUUUUAACCAUACUUGUGCAAGACAACAUGGGUGGCCUACAAGUUCAUCCUCAAAACCAAUGGAUUGAUGUCCCACGUCUGCAAGGAGCACUUGUUGUAAAUAUAGGGGACUUCAUGCAGGUGAAGAAUCUUACAGUUUCAGUUGAUUAUAAUGUUCCUCUUAUGAACAAAAAUGACUUUGAUUUUCUUCAGCAAUAUUUUCAACUUAUCAUCAAUGACAAGUUCAGAAGUGUGGAGCAUAGAGUUCUGGCUCAAGAAUUCAGACCCCGGGGAUCAGUCGCAAGCUUUUUCUUUCCAAGUACAGCAAAUAAAUUUAAACCAUAUGGAGUAAUAAAGGAGCUUCUAUCUGACAACCCACCCACAUAUAGGGAAACUCAUUUGGCUGAACUUAUGGCUCAUCAUUACAUGGAAGUUCACUCUGCGCAAAAUACAAAGGACUGA